AUGAACUAUCCUUUGUUUCUCGUUGCCCUCGCGGGUCUUGGAACCGCUUCGCCAACUACUCAACCUAUUGAUUUUGACGCCAUCUUGUCUGCCACCGCGCCCUCCUUUACUGGCCCUCCUGUCACUGCCACGGGCCAGACCGGUGUCUAUAACGCAGCUGCCGCUUCUUCAAUCGCUGCUGUCGCGGCCACUGGUGUGGCCUCGGCCAGUGCUGCGUCGUCUAUCGUGGCUCGUGAUAUCUUGGAGAAACGAAACUUCUGCUUCUUUGGAUACUGCAUUGGAUCUCCCGGUUCGACUUCCACAAGCUGUACUACUUCAUCGACCAAGGCUGUUACGUCAACAAGCUGCACGACUUCGUCGACCAAGGCAGUCACUGUUACUGCAACUACAUCUUCUGUCACCAAGACUACGGCUUCUGUCGCGAUUACAUCUUCUGCUGCUACCAUCACCACGGCUCCCUCGACCUGUACGCCAGUGAGCUGGACCAACACCAAUUCUUUCACUACCGCGACAACCUGCUCGGCUCCGUAUGAGGUUGGUACCUACUGUGGGUUUAUCAACCCGGAAGACCCUUGCGCAGUUCAACCCGAUGGAAAUGGCCCCCAUGUCGAGCCAGACACCGUAGAGGCCUUUGAAGCGUACGAGGAGUUUCACCAGGAUGCCUUGACGGCGAAGACUCCGACCGGCUACGCCUCUACCUUCAAGGAUCUCAACGCUUCCGUAAAUGCCAACAGUUAUCUUGGUCUCUACACUCUCAAGAGCUAUGACGUUGCUCAAUGCGCCAGCUUGUGUGACAGCACAAACCUCUGCACCGGAAUCAAUAUCUACGUCGAGCGUGACCCCUCGAUCAACCCUGCUGGCUGUUCUUGCACAAACCCGGCAUCGAUCUCGAACUACAAAUGUACCCUCUGGGGCUCCGGCGUCGACAAGGCUGCCGCAGUCAACUACGGCGAAUGGCGAGACGGCUUCCAAGUGGUUAUCGCCGGCUCCAACGGGUAUGAGAAGACAAACACCACUACGCCAACAACCCCCUCCGGCUGGACCAACCCCCAGAACUGCAGCAGUGUUGUCCACAACCAUCCCACUACUUGCAUGGGGCAGAAGUUCUUCCCGGGUCCAUUCGAUAUCAAUGUCUGCGCCUCCUAUGCUGCUUCCCAGAAUACCAAGAACUCCAAGUCUCUCGGCCUGGCAUCUUGGGCCAGCUGGUUUGGUUACAGUCCUUUGCGGUGCAAUUUCUUCAACGCCUUCAUGAUCAAGGAGAACGGAAUCGCAAAGGGCACUUACUGCAGUCUCUUCACUCAACAGUACGCCCCCUCAGCUGCUACUUACAAGCCCAACUUCUCUGGUGGUAUUUCUUGGGGCGUCGAGAGCAGCUGGAGCUUCUGCUCUGCUUAA